AUGGCAUCAACUCCACGCAACCGAAAGUCGACCGGAUCCAAGGUGCUGCCUCGGACUCCUGCACUGCAGACGCCGCCGAGAAAGCAAAUGGCCAGAAGCUCGACCUUGGGACGGCUUCACCCCCCUCCUCCGAAACCUGUUACUCCUGCGGUGACCAAGCGCCGCUUCCGGCCGGGGACGGUGGCGCUCCGAGAAAUCCGGCAUUACCAAAAAACCACUGAUCUUCUCAUCCGAAAGCUUCCGUUCGCUCGUCUGGUGCGCGAGCUGGCGCUGCAGCAUAUGUCGGAGCUCAUGGGAGAGCGCAGCGAAGGUAUUCUGCGAUGGCAAGCCACAGCCAUCAUGGCGCUCCAGGAGGCUACGGAGGCAUUUUUGGUGCACCUUUUUGAAGAUGCGAACCUUUGCGCGAUCCAUGCUAAGCGCGUGACGCUCAUGACGAAGGAUAUCCAGCUGGCUCGACGCAUCCGUGGUCCUUGGGGCGGUUUGAUGUGAGCAACGGCCCACCUUCGACGGAUGGGCUCGUGCGAUGUGCGAUCAACCUCCGUUCCGGCCUGUAUUCCAUGCGGCGAUGCGUCUGGUCGUCGCCAGAUGCCAUCAUGCUCGCUCGGAUUGCCAUCACCUCCUCCCAGCUCAGCAUCCGUUGGCCAGAGGACAUUGUUUGCCCGACACCAAUUAUCCGAUGAGCGGAUGGAACUCGGCCUGACUUUCCACAUGUCUCGUGCACCCGACCUUCCUGCGACUGCUGUGUCUUGCCGAUCUUUUGUAUCUUUCUUUGCUUGGUUUUUGUUUUGCUGCGCCGUACCAUGCCUUAUCUAGAAGAAAUGGUACAU